ACGUUACUUUCUCGUCCUCACGUUCACGUUUCACGCCAUCUUGAAACGGCACCCGCAGUUUCUUCCAAAUCGCUCCCCGCAUAAAGAAGCGCAGCAGCUUCCUCCAGCAGAGUUGCCACGGCAGCCGUUAUGAACGGUUCUCGAAACAAGACGGCGCCGGCAGUCAGCAAGAACACAGAGAGCGGCUCGACGGCGACUCCCCGGGAGAGAAGUAAGUCUGGUGGAGGAAUGCUGAAGAAACUCAAGUCGAGACGGAGUCAGACGGAUAAGUGCCCCGUUGUCACCGAGGAUGAACUCCGGGCGCUGGGAAAAGACAUCUCCCCGGACCACGUCCUGGGGCUCCGCGCUGUUACCGAGGAUUAUCUCUGCAAACCCGAAGACAACAUCUACAGCAUCGACUUCACACGGUUCAAAAUCAGAGAUCUGGAGACAGGCACGGUGCUGUUUGAGAUAGCCAAGCCCCCCAACUGCGGUCCUACAGAGCAUGAAGAGGAGAGUGGAGAUGUAGACACCAGCGCGGGGCGUUUUGUGCGGUAUCAGUUUACACCAGCCUUCCUAAAACUGCGCACUGUUGGUGCAACUGUGGAGUUCACAGUGGGUGACCGGCCCAUUAACAGCUUUCGUAUGAUCGAGAGGCAUUAUUUCCAAGGGCGCCUUCUCAAGAACUUUGACUUUGACUUCGGCUUCUGCAUUCCUAACAGCCGCAACACAUGCGAGCACAUUUAUGAGUUUCCACAGCUCCCAGAGGACCUCAUUCGCCAAAUGGUGGAUCAUCCUUACGAGACCAGAUCAGACAGUUUCUACUUUGUGGAUAACAAACUGAUCAUGCACAACAAGGCAGACUAUGCCUACAACGGUGGUCAGUAAUGCCUGAAGGGAAGAAUGUGUGCAAUACAUCCCAGGUGUCAGAUUACCUGGAUUAUAACCACCCAGAAAUCUCAAUUUUUUGGGGGGACAGAAGUAUUCUUUCCUUUUCAGACAUUCCGAAGAACUUGACAACGAUCUUCAGAAACAACGGACCACGUCUACCUUGAUAAGAAAUCAAUGAUUAGAUACCUCAUACUGCUCAGUUUCUGGGAUCUAGAGUAGCAUUCUGUUAAAUAUUUCUCCGUGAUGUAACUAUCACUGAAACCUCUCUGCGCUGUCUUUCAAAUUGUCAUAUUUUUAAGUAUCUCAUGUUAUUGCUUGGAUUCUUUGGCCUUGAGUUUGUUGCCAUUGCUUCUGGGAGAGAACACUUGAAUCACCAGACUUUGUUGCAAACCUUGAAGAUUCUGGUAAUUAUGACUUCUUUUCUUUGAGUAUACACGUAGAUGAUAUCACUUGGUCGGCAUGUUGAAGUUUAUUUGAACUACCUUUUGCAACUGACAAUUGUGGUUCCGUUUUGGAACAGCGAGCAUUGACUUGCACUGACAUUGUGCUGCAGUAUUGCCGGUCAUUGAAGAUCCUGUAGCACCAGCUGACGUUAUCCGUUUGACUUUGAUUCUUCUCUAGUUAUCUACUGUCAGUUUGAAGACUUAGGGAUAAGUGAUUUCCAUUUACUUUAGUAAUCAUCGAGUCACAGCAGACAGGCCUGGCAGCCAGUUUAUCAGGUAAAUCAUCGGGUCCGCUGCGCUUGUAAUGAGCUGGACCCCUUUUAACUAAGAAGCGUGUGUAUUCUUCUCAAGGUGUCAGGUGUAAUACUCAUCCCAGGUCAGUUAGGUGCCUGGUUUUCAUCUGCUUUGUGCUUCUCCUUCAGUCUCUCCUGUUGUUGACUGAAUGUUAUGUAUUUAUCACAUCAAAAUUUGUAACCUCUAAACAUGUCAUGAACCAAAAACCCAAAAUGAAGGACCAUUUGGGGUUAGCAGAAUUGACAUGCCUUACAAUGAUCACAUGUCCAAAAUUGUUUUCUAUCUCGCCCUCUGUUCAGUCACAGUAACUGAAUCCCUUAAUAGCUUAUUUAGCAAGCAGCAGUACUGUGAAUCCCUGUCUUUGGGAGUUAAGUUUCCUGAACAGAGUGAUAUACCUAAUAAACUGCUCACUGUGCGCAGCGUGACCGCACAGUGUCUGAUGUAGCUUGGUCUGAGAAGGGCAUGUUUGUAAUCGGAGAGUGUGAAGGAGAUGCAGGAGGCUCCCUGUCUGUGUCCGUCUUCAUAGAGGCCUUGUUAAAUUGUUCAGUUGCUGCUUCACAUAAUCUGGGCUUCCUGAUAUUCUGCAUCGUAACAUCGAUUUUCUGUGCCUUGUGUUCAUACGGUCGUUCUCUGUUUGUAAGUGAGAGAAGCCUGCACUCCAUUACCCAUGCUGCAGUAUGACAUGUCUUUCAACUGAUGAGCUGAAGGCGCCCAGCUCUUAAUAUCAAGCUUUCUGUUACCUAUCAUGUUGUAUCCUGCAGUGCUGCCUGGUAUGCAAUAAGAUGGCAUUUUGUAUACUCAUUACAUUAUCUUAUAAAAUACUGGAUUUACAGUUUGAGGGUAUUGGGUCAACAUUGACAUCAGUGGGUGUGCAUCUGUUGGAGCAGAGUAAUCUAUUUUCCUAAAGGAGGGAGUGGGGUAUGUUUUCUGUACCUGUACAAACCUUGGACCACACCACUCAUAGACACACUGUAUCAUCAUGGCUCAGAGUCCUUAUGCAUUCACUCUGUAAGCUGCUGCAUGAGCAUUUUGUUACUGACAGACUGUUACUAAUGCUGCCUUAAUGUCAUAUUGGAUUUACCAUGAAUACAAGCUGCCAUCUGGGGAAAAAACAUUCAUGUCCACAUUCCUGAUUGUCACUUCAAAUUGUAUAUAUGGAGCUUUUUCCAUGUUCUGAUACCAAGCCCUUGAAGUUAUAAAUCCUGACAGAGCAUCAACACCAGCGAUAACAUACUGUAGACACUCCUCAGCAAACCAAGGUAGUAGAAAUCAAAAUGAUCACUUAUAAUAAUACAGUCAACCCGAAAUGCAAAAUGCUAGGAAUGUCCGCAGCAGUUCAUUUAUGAUUGAUUUUUAACACACAAAUAGAAAUGCUUAUGGAUGUGGGCAUUCCAUUGAGUUAAAACAUGAAUAUUUUGAGUCUGUGCAGUAAAAUGACCCAUUUUCCCAGUUCUUCCGUUGUGACUUGAACGCAGCAUAAGGUUCUGGCAUUAGAUGUCCACUGCUCUGUGUUUGAAAUGUAAUAUGGGACAAAGAAAACAGUUUAACAUGCAUAUUUUGCCUUUAUUUUUCAUAACGAGAAAUUAUUUUCAUGACAGCAAUGGUAUAUUCAUUCUUUAAACCCAUAGCUCUUGUAUUUUGAGACCUUUAACUUCCUCUGUUAGUACAAUGUGAGGAUCAUGAUACAGCUACCUAGACUUUUUUUUGUUACAUGUUUAAUAUUGUGUCUCGUUUGAAUGGUUUGUUUCUAAACGUUAUGUGAAGAGAGUGACGAAUAAAAGCACAUCUGACGAAC